GGUUAUUAUCAAACCCACACAUAACAUAGACUUCAAAAACAAAAACAAAAAUAGAGAAUGGCACUAAACGAAUCUACUCAUGAGUUUGACAUAAAGUCUCAGGCGGACGACCUGUUUAAAGAUUUCAUGAAAGGGUUAAAAGACAAUGAUUUGGUGGAGAUCGAGGCUGAGGAUUGGGAGAAAAGAGAAAUUACGAUAAAUGUGAUCAGCUCUGAAAUUUUGAGGAAGUACAAGACGUUCAAAUUAACCACCACCAUUACUCCUAGGGAUGACGGUGAUGGCAGCCGUGUGAAAUGGACCGGCAAGAUCGAGAAGAUUCCCGUUGAUGACAUCCACGUCGACCCACACAUCUCCAUCAGCACUGUUCAGUUUAAUCGUAAGUGUCCGGCAGAAGAAUUGUUUAAAGCUUUCAUGGAAGCAGUAAAAGAUGAUGAUGAGGUGGAGAUCGAGGCUGAGGAUUGGACGAAUAGAAAAACCACGGUAAACCUCAUCUCCAGUGUUAUCUUGAGGAACUACAAGACGUUCAAAAUAACCAUCGUCGUUACGCCUUCGGAAGAUGGUGAUGGUAGCCACGUUAAAUUGACCCUAGUGUUCGAAAAGAUUUCUGAUGACAUCGAUGACCCAUAUCUACCCUUCAACACAGCUGCUUAUCUCUUCAAGAUGCUCGAUGCCAAAAUCCUUAAAUAAAUACGUCCUAACUUGCAAGGUUCGUCUACAUUGCAAAACGUCGUCUAAAUAAAAGGCAUACAUAUCUAUAUAUUUAUUGCAGUAUAUUCUGCACGAUCUCUUAUAAACGUUUGGUAUUUUGGGGAUGUAUGGACUCGAUCGUAUAUUAUAAUAAAAUAUCUAUUGGCAUAUUAUUGUUGGACCGAAUGAUUAUAAUUUUCACAACUGGGUGAGCGGCUUAUGCAACUUG